ACGUCAUGGGUGUGGUGUAAACUGAACUUGCUGCGUUCAACAUGGCCGGUUUACUAACCUGCUGUCUCAGUGAAGAAGAGAGAAGGAAACAGAAUAUAAGUAAAAAUAUCGACAGAUUAUUAGCCAAAGAAAAGCAGUACCUUCGUAGAGAAGUUAAAGUCUUGUUGCUCGGGGCUGGAGAGAGUGGUAAGAGCACAUUUUUGAAGCAGAUGAAAAUCAUUCAUGGCGUUACCUUCAGAGACGAAGAAGUGCGCGAGUACCGCACUAUAAUCUACACAAAUAUUGUUAAGGGAAUGAAAGUAUUGGUGGACGCACGAGAUAAAUUAAAUAUACCGUGGCAAAACCCUGAAAACAGGAGUCAUGCAGCUGUUGUUAUGUCUUAUGAGAACAAGCUUACUUUAGAUCCCACUGUCUUUCAAACAUUUGCUCCGGCUUGCAAGCAACUGUGGGCCGAUGGUGGAAUCCGUGAUGCAUUCGCCAGACGGAGGGAGUUCCAACUGACAGAUGCAGUGAAAUAUUUUUUGGAUGCGGUUGAUCGAGUUGGCCAAAAGGAUUUUACACCAACGACCCAAGACAUCUUGCACGCUCGUAAAGCCACUAAAGGCAUCGUUGAACGUCUCAUAGAGGUUAAGGGAGUGCCCUUCAAGUUUGUGGAUGUUGGUGGUCAGAGGUCACAGCGACAAAAAUGGUUUCAAUGUUUUGAAAGUGUUACAUCAAUUCUUUUCCUGGUGUCAUCCAGCGAGUUUGAUCAAGUUCUAAUGGAGGAUCGAGUCACAAACCGACUUGUUGAGUCGUGUAAUAUUUUUGAGACAAUUGUAAACAACAAGUACUUCGCAAACGUUUCUAUUAUUUUGUUCCUAAAUAAGACAGACUUACUUACAAAGAAAAUAGCAACAGUUAACAUAAGUGACUAUUUUCCCAACUUCAAUGGAGAUCCCCAGAAGCUGGAUGAUGUUCAGAAUUUUCUCUUGAAUAUGUUUGACUCAAAACGCAGAGAACGCAGUAAAGCUUUGUUCCACCACUUCACAACAGCAGUUGAUACUGAGAACAUUCGAUUUGUGUUCCAUGCUGUUAGAGACACCAUUCUCCAAGACAACCUGAAGAAUUUGAUGUUACAGUAGACACAGUUUAUAUACCCACAGAACACAGUACUUUUAUAGUUGUUUUGAUCCAGACUUUUGAUGGAGCUCACUAACUGAUGAUGAACAUGCUGCUACUAAAUCUGAAUUUAGUAUUAACAUGGGUUUUGAUGGUGAAACAAACUCCAUAUUAAAUUUCUUAAUUUUGUGGACAACAUUGUUUGUGUUUACAGGAAACAGAUUUUAAUUAAGUACUACCUUAAGUCUUCAACAAUAGUUAUUUUAUACUGUCAUAUUCUUGAUGUUUUUUACUUAAUCAAGACAAAAACUAGUUAAUGGUCUUGAAAACAUAAGCAUUGCCUCAAAUGUGUGAUUUACUGAAAUUGUGUGUAGUGAUGGUUUUAUUCUUUCUUUUGCAUUGCUUAAUUUUUGUUCUUUGGUUUUUUUUUACCUUUUUACCUUUAGGCCAAAUAAAAAAAAUUGUUAGUUUAUCAUCCGACUAAAUUUGAAAAGUGAUGAGGGAGGGAGGGGUUUUUUUGUUUUCUCCAUGCCGGCAUUUAAGUUCGAAACAGCAGAAACUUGUAAAAUACUCAUGAAUCCAUUGAAAGGCGGAACAAGGAGUAUGCAGCUUGAGGAAUCUUAAUACAGCUUCUACUGUACAUGCAUCAAAAAUAGUUUACAUACUUCAAUGGAAAGUACAAUUCUUUUCUACAGAACGAACAUCGUGAAGCGUGUACCUAUUGUAUCGAGCUAGGGAAAAGCCAGCCGUAGCUAGUUUAAAAACUCCAGACGUUUUGAUAUUACAAUCCAUCUUAUCGCUUUGUAUGUGAACGUCAUGAGUAUUACAGCGUCUGGAAUGUAAUAUUAAGUAUUUCCAGACGUCUUGUGAACGGCGACGGCUACGAUUUUAUCUUUAUCCCCUGCUUCGUUUUGCCGGUAUUUAUGAGUUUGUACACCUAAAACACACAUUUUAUGAUAUAUAAAAUUCAAAAAUAAAAAAAAAAUAAAAAAAUUGAUGCGGUCCGAGAUAGUGAUGUGGGCGGGGAUGAUAAACUAACAAUUUUUUUUAUUGGGCCUUAAUUCAGUUUUCUAGAUUAUGUAUUCAAAUAUUUUAUCUGCACUUGACAGUACAAUGUAUUUUAUCUGCACUCGUCAUCCUUAACACUAAGACAUUAAUACUUACUUGACAUGAAAAGAACAUUGGCCGUAUUUGGCUGGUCGUUAUUAAUUAAAACAUGCCUGUCUGCACAGUGGUAAAAUCCUACUUAACGAAGAUGACCAGACAAAUAGAAAACUGGUAAACACUUGCACUCUAGUUUACUUUCAUGUCUUUUGUCAAUGAAGUCUAUUUUACAAACCAGCCAAAUGAAAAUAAUACUCAACAUUUCAAUAUUUGUUGAAUAUGGCCAUUGUUUUGUUGAUAACUUUACUAUAAUCAUUUGACACUGGUAAAUUAUAGUAUAGCAGGUAAUUGACCUUUUUGCUAUGCCAUGGAUAUUGUUGCUAAGACAACACAAAAUGAUUGCAUUACAUACGCAAGCACGUUUAUAGAACAUGCGCAUAUUACUGGCCCUAUUCUGAUUGGUCAGUAGUUAAGUUUUAUUGACAUCGGAAAGGCCCAUUGGAUUAAGCUGCUGAACCCAUCAGAUACUUGAGUGUUAUAUCAAGAGCUGUGUACAUCAGAUAAUUACAUGCUCACUGUUGCUAUUAAUUUCAAUAUCCUAAUAAGUGAUUGUUUCUAGAUGAUUAGUACUUUUUCCACUUUACCAAUGUCUGUUAUACCAAGCCAAUCAGGUGUGCCCUUUUGUGUAUUUGAAAUCUCCUACCAGUUCCAUUGAGGGAACUAUUUAAAAUGCAAAAAGGAAAACAAGUAAAGAUAGAAUGUAUUUCAUAAAUAGUUAUUUGUAUAAAUAGAGACCAUUCCUUAUAAUACAACUGGAGUAUGGAAGCAAUAUGUCAGCCCACAUAAAUUAUCAAGUUUUUUUUUUAGACUUAAAAAAAAAAUAAGAAGUUGGUAUUUAAAAUGGUACUGUAUAAAAUUGUAAUUUUUUUCAGAACUUUAUUAAAAACAGUUAAAAUAGUGAAAAUUAAUCUCAGUAUUUUAUAUGUAAUACUUUGCCUUGAGUCUAUAUCAGCACAACACACCUAACCCCCAUAUAGACCAUUUUUGUUUAUUUGGAUUUAUUUUUGAAACAGCACCACCAACGUCUCGCAACUCACUGGGGAACUUUUAGCGGCCUAGCCUGGCAUGAGCAUCUAGCUAGUGUCGUGUAGAGUGCCGUGCGCACACUGGUAAUUGCAUAGUGUGAAGUGCGUAGGCCUCUGAAUGUCACCAGGGUAUCGGAAAUUUUCAUUUCAAAUUUCGCAAAAAUGGUCUAUAGCAACCUCCCUGUCUUCACACUAGAUCAUAGACCAACUCAGAAAAGGAUCACUUUUGUAAAUAGUUUUUUUAUGUACGAAUGGUAGUUUUAAAUUGUAUAGUUCAUUUAUUCACUCAGAAAAAAACAUGGUAUUUUUUAAUGAAUAGUAAUAUUGGCUUACACACUGAAGCGUGUACCAUGCAUUACCGUAUUUGCUGUUCUAAAACCUACACUGUACUAUAUUUUACUGAAGGCUGUAUUUAUCGUGUAUUGUACUGUAUCAUGUAGUGUAUGAUACAGUAUAUUGUAGAAUGUAUAGUACUGUGGUAUAGCUUACCUUAAUGCUAUACUGACAAAAACUAUAGAAUAGUGUAAUAUGCUAUACAUUAUACUUCAAUGUAGCAUGCGCUAUCAUGUAGCAUGUGACAGGGAACACUACAAUAACUUGUACUGUACUGUCUAUGGUUCAUACUAUGCUAUAGCCUGCUCUGUGCUUUGUACUGUGCAGUUGUCUGUUAUCUGUUGCUUGUACUGUGCUACUGUACUGUUGUUUGUACUGUGCUGUGGCAAAUGCUGUGCUGCUUGGCCUUAACUGCUUUGUGGCAUGUACUGAGCUAUGCACUGCUCAGUGCUUAUGCUUUGGUCUUUGAUCCAUGUUCAGUGGCAAAUAUUGUGCUACGUACUGUUCUGUGGCUGGUACAGUGCUUGUGCAUGUUCUUUGGUCUGUGUUGUUCAGUACAAUACUGACUAUAUAGUAUGCAUUGUGGUAUGAUGAAUAAUAUCUUGUAACAUACUUUGUACGUACAGUACAUUAUUAUAGUGUAUUAUUAUUAUAAUAUGCUAUAAUGUGUACUUACCAUAAUAUGCAUUGUGGUAUAAUGAAUGAUAUCGUGUAACAUACUUUGUACGUACAUUAUUAUAGUGUAUUUUGCUAUGUUGUAGUAGAGUGCUCAUCUGACCUAUACCCUGUGCUAUAUUGGAAUACAUUCAGUGAAUGUACUGUACAAUCACUUGUUCUGUUCUGCUGUAUUCACUACAGUAGCCAGAUAAUAGUACUAAAUAGGUACUGUAAUGCUCUGCUUUAGACUGUACUCUAAUAUUCUGUUUAGUAGUUUUGUAGAAUACAGUACAGGGUGCAAUAUUGGAAGAUACAGUAUGUAUGACAGUACACAGUACUGGCCUAUACUGUAGCUUCUACUAUUCUGUGCUAUACUCUAUAGUGCAUUGUAGCCUAUGCAUUGUACUACAUAAUACUGUAUAAUAUGCUACUGUACUGUAUAAUGUAGUACAUCAGUCUGGAUUGUAGCAAGAAGAAAAAAAGGUUUUAAGAAUGGCAGAUGUGUUAAAUGCCUUGUAGUAGCUACAUUAUUAUAUACAGAAAGCAGGUGGUUGGAAUGUGUAUUAUAUAAUGAAAUGAUAGUUCAGUGAACUUUGGUUAGAAAUCAGGGAUAGAAAUCCCACCCAGUAUAUCAAUCAGUAAUCUGUAAAUGAUGAAGGUUUUAUAGACUGUCUUAGUUAUUGAAUACAAGUUUUAAGUUUUCACCCAAAUAUCCAAUAAUUUUGUUAACAGUAAUUACAAUAAUAUUAAAAUAAACGGUUUACAUGUACUGUAUUUGAUGUAAAGUUUAACUUUAUAUUCAAAAGAGUAGUUCACAGAUUUGUACGGUGAUAGUCACUACUAGAGGUUUUUCAUUUCAAAGGUUGUGUAAUGUGUUUAAAUUUUUAAAGUGUGUAUCAUUUGAAAGAUAACAUAUCCCUCAUUAGUGAGCUUUUGAUUGUGCAACAAUGCGACUCUGGAACGGAUUCACUCAUCCACAACUGCCCUGCGUUUUCUUGCAAUAUUCAGGUCAAUACGCAUCCUAGAAUUCAGAGGACAAGAACGCAACUUCCUUGCAUACGCUGCUGACUUUAUGUGACGACAUUUUGUUACAGUUGUCAUGCAAACGAAAGCUCCACAUGAAUUUAAUUUAUUUAUUCGACCAACAUUUACAAUUAAUAACAAUGGAAUACAAUAAUAGUGAAAAAAAAAAAUUAAAAUGCUGGACAAUGGUAGCUUAAGCAAAGUACAUUGCUAUAACUCAGAGAUAAACCACAAUAUACAUAUUAAUGUUACUGUUCAACCACACUCAACAAACGCAGACACAUUGUCAACCUGGGUAGGUGAGUUAAUUAUAGGAUAUCUUUAUAUUGAAAUGUAUGACAAAUGUAUUAUUUUUAAAGUAAGUAAAUUUAUUGUACGGUGGAUUGAAUUGCUUUGCACAAAGUCUUUGCAGAAAUUUGUACAGUUUAUAUUUACAGUGUACAAAGUGCAAAUUGAAUAUCCUCAAAAUGAAGUCUGCGAGGCAAUAAGGAGAUGAGAUGUUCAACAAAUUAUUGUUUAAAUUCUUUCUGAAAAGUUAAAAAAAAAAAACUGAUAAAUAAUGUACAUUCAGAACCUAUGUUGGUUGAGGUUGCCAGAAAGUUUUUAGAGAUUAUACUCUUAAUGAAUUAUGUGGAUUGAGUAGAAUCAGUAAGUACAGGCUUUUGUAUUUUUCCUGUACAGUAUUAUUGUUGCUAGGUAACAGUGGUGCUAUCUUGAAUACACCUAAAUCACAAAUAUUCAUACCAUACCCAGAUAUUAAUUAAUAAUAAAAUAUUAAUCCUUAGUAAUAAAAGUAGGUACCACAAUUAUAAUAGUUGAUUAAAUUAAACAUUUUUAUAUAAAUAAUGUUGGUUAGAAAAUGAAAUAUAUAGAAUUGUUUUGAUAUGAAAUUUUGUUAAUAUCAAUUUAUUUUUGGUUAUAAAUAUUUGUUAUGCCUUACUUUCUGUACACAUGUUUGUUUAAUUUAAUUAAACCUGGAAAUAGAUAGAAGUAGAUAUUUGAGUGUUGGUAGUAGUGGUAGGAAGUGGCUGUUAUAUGAAUCAUUUAAUGAAUAAAUGAAUUUCUCAAGAAGCUAUCUAAGCUUCUUCAGCUACAUAAUGAAAUAUAAUUUGGUAAGGAGGAACCCUUCCAUGAGGGCGCUAACACUAUAAGAGAAAAAAAAAUCUUUUCUAAUAAUAAGUAUACAUGUUUACAUGAUUUAUUAAUUGUUUGAGAAAAUUGUGAACCAAUUGCGAAGUAGAGUAUGCACAAAAAAGCCUGAAUGAAAAUAUACAAUGGUACAGUAUAUGGCCGAUUUAUCUUGGCUAUAGAGCAAUGGAUAGUGGCUGGAGUUUGAUUCCUGGUGGACAUUAUCGGAUGUCUUGGUGUGAAUCAAAAUGGAAAAUAUUCAUUUGAAUUUUGAUAACAAUAUGAGAGGUUCAAAGUACAUUAAGGUCGCAGUUCAAAUCAUGAAAAAUAACAAUGGAGGACACUUUUUGAAUCACUAUGGACAGCUUGUUUGUUUUUCUCAUCUAUAGCAGAUAAAGUCAGUUGUGUUUAUAAGAGCAAUGCACUGUGAAAAGAAGGCUGCCGUCCCUAUGUAAAAAUGAGCAUAUUCAGGAAAGGAUUGCCUAUGAACAAUUGACAUUUCUUCAAAUGACUGGAAAGGAAUAUGACUUCAGAGCAGGCUUUAGCGAUGAAUAGAAACAUAGUUUUUAGAUUUGUUAGUAAUGUUCUUGGAAUCUAGAUUUUAGUUGACAUAUUGGCUGGUAAAUGUCAUGUUAUACUCUUAUAAUGUCAUGUUAUACCCUUACUGUAUAACCAAAGUAUUAAUGGCUGGAAUUAUUUUUAGGAGGGGAAUUGUAAUGAUAUUCAUCUUGUCAUUUAGAAUGUCAAUUAAAUUGGAUCAAAUUCAGAUAUUUAAAUGAAUUGAAAUAAUCCUUAAGGAUCGUUUUGCAUUUCAUAAUAAAACCUUUUUUUGAAAGAAA